AUGCGACGUCGCAAAUCGGCUAAAUCUGGAUCCUUCUUUUCCAUCGCUUCUACCAAAUGCCUUUCAUAUGUGCACUCCCCUACAUUCCUCCUCGUGUGUCUAUGCUGUGGCGCAUACCUUAUUCUUCCUUCUAUGGCGCAAGAAGUUGUUAGCGACUGUGUCAUUCAUAGACCAUCAUCUGCCAAAGGAAAUUAUACACCUCCAGCUGUAAUUCGCAAGGCUUUCGGCCGAAUUAAACAGCGCUGUGAUUUGGCCAACCGUGAUAGGGAAAUUAGAGCUGCGAACGUCACGAAUCCUGGCUACUUGAAAGGUCGCAUUCCUAUUGUGAAGUUUGGUGUUCAGCUGGCAACAGAUGGACGUGACUCGAUCGCACAAAUGCUUCCAGCCAUUGACUUAGCCAUUGAAAAGGUGUCAACUAUGCCCGCUUACCGAGGAGUGGUUUUCCGUGUCGUUCCAAUUCUGUACUUUGAUUGGCUGGCCUGCGACUCAUUGGCCAUUUUAGAGAAGUUUAAUCGACGAGAGGUUAAUGUCAUAUUCGGGCCCAUCAACGACUUCGUUCUUGGUGCAGCUGCUCGCUUUUCAACGGCCCUCUACCUCGUACCCAUUGUUUCUCCUGCUGCAUCCUCUGUCCAGCUUGCUGAUAAGAAUGAGUUUGGGAUGCUAACUCGGAUGUACUUCACUUAUGCCGAUCUGGAGUGGGUUAUCGCCUCCACGCUCAUCCACUUCGGUUGGAAGCCGAAACUUAGUACACCGAUUGCGAUGAUUACAGUUCAGCCCAUAACCAUUUCGGAUGCGUUUAAUGCUGGCUGGGAUUCCUUUUUCCAGCAACAGGCCAUCUCAACAGUGCUCGUCAAUUACAAGCAUCACCGGUAUCAUGUUGAGCGUGGGGCUGACGAAAUCAAAAACAUUUUUAAGGAACUACCCAAAGUCGCACGAAGUAAGCUCAACCAAAUCUUUGUAUACUUAUCACUUGUCCCCUCCCCUAUUGAUCAUGCCGCUUCUGCGCAACCUUCACACCAACCAAUCACGCUUUAG